UUGUUUUUAUUUCACUCCGGUCUAUUCGGGUCGGGUAGCUAUGGAAGAAUUCGCGGGGCGAGGAGACAACGACAGCCUGCCCACGAAGAAACGCGCUCUCUUCAGACACCGGUGAACCAAACAGAAGCAGCGGGGCAGCAGUAACACCUGCCGCGGGGCUUCAGACAUCCUCACUCUGCCUUUUGGAGUCCGCGGACAUGGCGCUCAGCUCCGGCGGCUGGGCUCCCCCGACCCCGGUCCCUGCCCCGUCCCAACAGGCUGCAUGCGGCGGCGGGCCUGCGCUGACUCCGUGCUGCAGUACUGUUUUAAUGUCAGUCCGGGUUUCGGUGUGCCAUUCCGGGAUCCGGCCCCUGUGCCUCCCCGGGGCAGGCAGCGAGGCUCUGCGGCUCCAGCUCAGCAUGGACCCGAGCCGGGCCGGAGAGUUCAGACUGGCGCUGCGAGACACGAGCGGAAACCGCAGUGUGUUCAUCGCAGAGUUUGAUCUGCGCUCGGUGCAGUACGAGGUCAAAUCCCCUCGCUCCCACGAGAUGCGUCUCGCUGCUCCGCCUCACGACUGCAUCCGCUUCAACUUCCGCUGCGAUCGCGAGGCCGAGGAGUGGGCCACGGUGGUGAUGUCCUCCCUGAGAGAGGCGCAUCGAGUUGCAAAUAUCAACACAUGUGAAUCCGACGGCAGACACGACGACGCAGCAGCAGCUACGGAGCAGUGGAGCUCAGCCUCGCUGCCGCUCACUGAGGAGCUGUGCUUGGAGCUCGCCAGGGCGAUUGAAGCCGGCGACACUCAGGCCGCUUCACAGCACGCGUCGGCUCUGGCUCGGCAAAAAGCAGCGCUGGCCAUUCAGCUGUCUGAAAAGAGCUACGCAGAGGGAGCGCUCAGUUUAUCUGUGGUAGUGGAGGAUGUUUCGUCGUCCUGUUGCGUCACAGUGAAAGUCUUUCCUUACAUGACCGUGGCUGCACUCAAGCAACAGGUGUUUCUCGAGUACGGUUUCCAUCCUCGCGUGCAGCGCUGGGUGAUCGGUCAGUGCUUGUGCACCGAGCCGAGGUCGCUGGCCUCCUACGGGGUGCAGAAGGACGGUGAUACGGCGUACCUCUACCUGAUCUCCGCCCGACAAGCCCGCGUCACCCGCCAGCUGUUCCAGCAGGACCUGGAGAGCGCCCUCCUCGCCCCACCGCUCAACGGCCCCACCUCCCAAGACUGGAGGGGUUACAGCACCCUGCCCUCGAGGCUAACCCACAACAACCAGGGGAGCACAGGUGGAGGAAGCGACAGACCAGGGGACAUAAAAGAUGUCCUCGACAUUGAGAAUCUGCAGCUGAAUGAUCAUACCAAUAAAGCCAGUAAAACACAGCAGACAGAGUGGGCUUGUCCCUCAUGCACUUUCAUCAACAAGCCGUCCCGUCCAGGCUGCGAAAUCUGUGCCACAGCCAGACCCGACGCACACAUCCAGCAGGAGAAAGGAAGGAGAGAGGAUCGAGGAGAAUCCGGUUCAAGCGGCAGCUGACUGUCCAUCGUCACUUUCAGGUCGCCAUGUCUCACUCUCAAACACACACACACACACACACACACACACAGACACAGAGUGAGGAUGCCAAACAAGAAAAUACUCCCAUAACGACUGUCGAGUGCACUGAGAGUCCUCUGGCUGCUGGAGCGAUUGAAGCACUGUAGCAUGAGACAGAGCUGCUGGUCGAGGCUCAGACGGUGAACUGCAGACAGAGAGCUUCAGCUUUGACCGGUUACAUGAACAUGACCAUGACACACAUCUCAAUUUGGCCAGACCUCUGUUAUUUAUUUUACAGGAUGCGUGUGUGUGUGUGCAAACGUCACAGAUGGCCUAAUAUUUAUUUUUAGGUGAGAGAGAUGAAAUUCUUUGCAUUCGCAGCUGAAGUUGAGCGAACGUUCUACUUUGAGUUUCUGUCGACUGUGAAGCGAGAGGAAAGGUGAAGCCUUGUGCAAUACCCUGUUUGUUUGCUUGUUGGUUUUAACAGAAAGAGAAGGGGUUGCGUUUACAGGGUUGUCAUGUGCUUUUAUUUUUUUAUAACAUUGUAUUAAGUGUAUUAUUUUCAACAAGAUGCAUUGAGUAAUGUUCAUUUUACCAGUUGCUCUAGUUUUACUGAAUUCCCUGUGAGCUGUGACAGCAAUGGAAUGAUCUGUUUUCAGUAAUACUGUAAAAAGUUGCAUCAGCCGAAUAAACAUAAUGGAAAUUAACAAA